AUGGCUAAGUUCUUGAAAGCUGGUAAAGUUGCUGUUGUCGUCCGCGGUCGUUACGCCGGUAAGAAGGUCGUGAUCAUCAAGCCACACGACGAAGGUUCCAAGUCCCACCAAUUUGGUCAUGCCUUGGUUGCUGGUAUUGAAAGAUACCCAUUGAAGGUCACUAAAAGACAAGGUGCGAAGAAGGUUGCUAAGAGAACCAAGAUUAAGCCAUUUAUCAAGGUUAUCAACUACAACCACUUGUUGCCAACCAGAUAUACCUUGGACGUGGAAGCUUUCAAGUCUGUUGUAUCUACUGAAACUUUCGAAGAACCAUCUCAAAGAUCAGAAGCUAAGAAGGUUAUCAAGAAGGCUUUCGAGGAAAGACACCAAGCUGGUAAGAACCAAUGGUUCUUCACUAAGUUGAACUUCUAA